CACUGCUGUGACACACAGCAGUCAGAGUGAUCCUUUUAGCAUCUGCAUCAGAUCACUUCCCCACCUUGUUCAAAUUUCUCCCGUGACUUCCCGUCACGCAAGAGCCAUACUCCUCACUUUGGCUGAUAGGGCCCACUGUGGUCUGGUCCACGCCCACUUCUCCAACUGUUUCUUUUAGUCAUCUCCAUCUUUCCUUCCUGGCCACACUAGCCUUUCUGCUGGUCUUAGGUCAGUCUUGUUCCUACCACAGGGUUUUUACACUUACUAGUUCCUCCAGGAAUGUUUUCUUCUUAAUUUCUCACAGGACUCCCUUAAAAUCUCUGCUGAAAUGUCACCUCCUCAAGAAAGCCUUCUCGGACUACGCUCUGUAACACAGCACCUCUUAUCACUCUAUAAUCUCAUCCUGUUUUAUUUUUCUUCCUAGAAAUUCAAAGACCCUGAAAUAUUUUUUUUUACCUCUUUGUCCUCCUUUAGUUUGUGGGUUCCUUAGGGAAAGGGGUCUUGAUCAUCUCAUUCACCAACAUAUCCCAAGCAACUAGCACAGUGGCUGGUAUAUAACAGGUGCUCAGUAAGUACUUGUUGAAUAAAUGGAUAGAUGGAUGGGUGGAUUGGAUUGAUAGAUGGAACAUUUUCUCAAUCCUGCCCCUCUUCUGUGAGCAUGUGCAUAUACGUGUGCACACGUGCGUGAAUGCACACACACACACCACCAUUUAUCAGGUUACGCUUCUUAAACUACCUGGGUCCCUCCCCAAUUACAGGAUUACACUGAUGGUGCACCCAGGGGUCUAUUUUGAGAACAGAAGGUGCUACAAGACAAGGUCCUCCACAAAGGAAUGUACUUCAGGAGCAAAGGGAGGCUAGGGGCUUGGACUUGUUGGAUAAAAGGAAGCUCAAGCCAAAAACAAAUUUUUAUUGAGCAGCAGGAACUCCACUGGUGCUACAAAGGACUGGGAUAUAAAACAAAGAAUUGCUUUCCAUGAAGACAGAGCAGAUACAUUGAGGGAAUUGUCACAGAAGAAUAUUACUUAGACGGUAACAGAGGCGGAAUGAUUGGGAAUAGUCUCUCUCUGUGCUAUCACAACAAACUAAUCUUAGCACCUAUGGUUCGGGUGGGGACCCUUCCAAUGAGGCUGCUGGCCCUGGAUUAUGGAGCAGACAUCGUUUACUGUGAGGAGCUGAUUGACCUCAAGAUGCUUCAGUGCAGGAGAGUUGUCAAUGAGGUGCUCAGCACAGUGGACUUUGUUGCCCCUGAUGACCGAGUCGUCUUUCGCACCUGUGAAAGAGAGCAGAGCAGGGUGGUUUUCCAGAUGGGGACUUCAGACGCAGAGCGAGCACUUGCUGUGGCCAGGCUUGUAGAAAAUGAUGUAGCUGGUAUUGAUGUCAACAUGGGCUGUCCAAAAGAAUAUUCUACCAAGGGAGGAAUGGGAGCUGCACUGCUGUCAGACCCUGACAAGAUUGAGAAGAUCCUCAGCACUCUCGUUAAAGGAACACGCAGACCUGUUACCUGCAAGAUUCGCAUCCUGCCUUCGCUAGAAGAUACCCUGAGCCUUGUGAAGAGAAUAGAAAAGACUGGCAUUGCCGCCAUCGCAGUUCACGGGAGGAAGCGGGAGGAGCGGCCUCAGCACCCUGUCAGCUGUGAAGUCAUCAAAGCCAUCGCUGAAACCCUCUCCAUUCCUGUCAUAGCCAACGGAGGAUCUCAUGACCAUAUCCAACAGCAUUUGGACAUAGAGGACUUCCGACAAGCCACAGCAGCCUCUUCAGUGAUGGUGGCCCGAGCGGCCAUGUGGAACCCAUCUAUCUUCCUCAAGGAGGGUCUCCGGCCUCUGGAGGAGGUCAUGCAGAAGUACAUCAGAUAUGCGGUGCAAUAUGACAACCACUAUACCAACACCAAGUACUGCUUGUGCCAGAUGCUACGGGAACAGCUGGAGUCAUCCCAGGGAAGAUUGCUCCAUGCUGCACAGUCUUCCCAGGAAAUUUGUGAGGCCUUUGGCCUUGGUGCCUUCUACAAGGAGAUGACACAGAAGCUGGAUGCCCGGCGGGCUGAGCUCUUGGCCAGAACUCCGAAAGAAACAAAGGAGCCAGCUGAAGAUACCUCUGGUGUCAUUAAGAUGGCUGUCAAGUUUGACCGGAGAGCAUAUGCACCCCAGAUCACCCCCAAGAUGUGCCUGCUGGAGUGGUGCCGGAGGGAGAAGUUGGCACAGCCCACAUAUGAAACAGUUCAACGGCCCCUAGAUCGCCUGUUCUGUUCUGUUGUCACUGUUGCAGAGCAAAAGUACCAGUCUACCUUAUGGGACAAGUCCAAGAAACUGGCGGAGCAAGCCGCGGCCAUCGUCUGUCUGCGGAGCCAGGGCCUGCCUGAGGGUCGGCUGGGUGAAGAGAGCCCCUCCUUGUACAAGCGCAAGCGGGAGGCCUCUGACCAAGACCCUGGGGGCUGUAGAGCUCAGGAGCCAGCACUGCCUGGGGAAAUGUGCAAGAAGCCCUUUGUAGCCUUGGAAAGUGGUCAAGGGAGCCCCCUGGAAGGCUGGUGACUACUGUCCCUGCCCUGGUCAGCCCCUCCCUGGGCCUGGCUCUAAGGUGGCUGUGGGUGCUGGAGCAUAAGCUGGAAACCAUUGGACAGUUUGCUGGCCCAGCCUAUCAGAAGUGAGAGGUGCUGGCCUGGGCCAUCAGCCUGCAACAUGGACCAAGGAGUACCCAGGAUUGGAUUCCUAUCUCCCUUGGUGGGUCUCAGGGGUGGGGCCAAGGUCCUAGCAACUUCAGUGUUUUCUUUGAAGAUGGGCUUUUCAGGUGGCACUUCUCCAACCUGACACUGGAACAGUGCAAUAAAGACAACCCCCACCCUCACCUAAGGCUGGCUGCUUCAGCCUUGGGCACCUUUACA